UCACUAUACACCCAUAUCUGUAUCACUUUACACCCCUAUCUGUAUUACUUUACACUCAUAUCUGUAUCACUUUACACUCAUAUCUGUAUCACUUUACACCCAUAUUUGUAUCACUUUACACCCAUAUCUGUAUUACUUUACACUCAUAUCUUUAUCACUUUACACCCAUAUUUGUAUCACUUUACACCCAUAUCUGUAUUACUUUACACUCAUAUUUGUAUCACUUUACACCCAAAUCUGUUUCACUUUACACUCAUAUCUGUAUCACUUUACACUCAUAUCUGUAUCACUUUACACUCAUAUCUGUAUCAUUUUACACCUAUAUUUGUAUCACUUUACUUACACCUAUAUCUGUAUCACUUUACUUACACCCAUAUCUGUAUCACUUUACACUCAUAUCUGUAUCACUUUACACUCAUAUCUGUAUUACUUUACACCCAUAUAUGUAUCACUUUACACCCCUAUAUGUACUGUAUCAUUUUACACCCAUAUCUGUAUCACUUUACUUACACCCAUAUCUGUAUCACUUUACACUCAUAUCACUUAACACACAUUUCUGUAUCACUUUACACCCAUAGCUGUAUCACUUUACACUCAUAUCUGUAUUACUUUACACCCAUAUCUUUAUCACUUUACACCCAUAUCAGUAUCACUUUACACUCCUAUCUGUACUGUAUCAUUUUACAUCCAUAUCUGUAUCACUUUACACCCAAAUCUGUAUUACUUUACACUCAUAUCUGUAUCACUUUACACCCAUAUCUGUAUCACUUAAAACCCAUAUCUGUAUCACUUUACACCCAUAUCUGUAUCACU